AUGAUUGUCUCCGGUGGUUUGGGUGAAAAAACCGUGCCAGCUAUUCAUGAUAUGUCCCAAUUAGAUUCCAUUUUUAUUUUCUGUUAUAAAGUAGCUUAUCAUGAACAAUGGUCGAAAGGAUAUCUGAAAGUAAAGGGUGUGUUUAAUAAAAUGGAUGCUUUGUGUCAAGCAGUACAACAAUCUGUAGAACAUCAUGAACCCAGUCCAGCUAGGACAACAACAGUUAUACCGAAGCCUUCACCUGUCGUACAUCGUUCACGCACACCAGAGCCACCACCAUCUCACUCAGCUCACCAUGAUAGAGUGCCUUCGGUCGAUGAUCACCGACGAUCAGCGAGUCAUCCACCAGAAAUAAAAGAUGAAGGGUUCGUAAGAAGAAAGGGAGACGGUGGUCAUGGUUCUUCUCUAGCUUCUUCUGUGAAACCAACAACGACAGGCACGCCAAAUUCGCAAGAAAAGUUACCGUCGGGCCUCGAACGGCUUGAAAAUAAUAUAAUUCAAACAGCUGAACGAAGAAUACGAGAGAGUUUUCUUGAAAAUAAUGAUAUUAGUCAACCCCCAUCGCCUAAUGCUGCUAUAAUAGAUCGAUUGCAAGAUACUCUAGUACAAACAAUCGAAAAACAUAUGCCUAAGAAAAACAAUGAAUCCAUUGAACUGAACAAAAUGUUCGCUGAACUAAAACAAGUAAUAAUUGAUUCAGUUGUGCAAGAACAGUCCGCAUUAUUACGAGAUGUCAUCAAACAAACAGUAUUAGAUGCUUUCAAGCAACAGCAGAACUCAAUAUUAGAGCAUCUUCCUCCUCCUUCUACUACUACUACUAGUACCACCGGAGUGACACAUCAUUCAAAACCUACCAUUAUGGCGACCAAUACUGAGGUUAAAAUUGCUGCCGAUCGUAAGAAGACACGUAUUGAUACUGAUUUUCGACAGCAACGUGAUGCUGUCGUUGCCAAUAAGCGAUUACGUGACGUUGUUCAACAAUGGUCAUCAAUCAAAUCAAUGGCUGAUCUUGCUGGCGAGAUAAAGAAAAAUGGGAAAAACAAUUUAGAAUGGGCAUGGUUGCUCUUCUGUUGGAUCGGUCAAAACAUUCAAUAUCAACCAUAUUGUAAUAACAAUGCUGCUGAGACUGUUUUUCGUACAAGACAAGGCGUCUGCCGAGGCUUCGUUAGUCUCUAUCAUGAAUGUUGCUCAUUGUUAGGCAUUGAAUGUUCAGAAAUAAGUGGCUAUUCUAAACAAGCUUUUCUUAAACCAGGUGAAGAGCUCAAACAAUCGCUUCACGCUUGGAAUAGCAUUAUAUUGGAUCAGCACGCUUAUCUAAUCGAUCCGACAUGGGGUGCAGGAGGCAGAGAUUAUGAUAAAAAACUUGAAGAUUUCUACUUUCUUACAUCACCUGAAGAGUUUAUCUAUACACACUAUGCCAAUGGAUAUCAAUUACUCGAUCCAGAAAUUAGCAAAGACGAAUUUCUUAGUUUGCCUGUAAUGAAAUCAACCUAUUAUAGACUUGGUUUGAUGUUGCAAUCACCAAAACAAGGUUUAAACGAGACAAAUCAAAAUUUAUUUAAAAUUGCAAUUCGAACACCGGCACAUGUUGAUCUGUUUGCUGAUUUGAAAGUCGGCGAUAUUGAAUAUCCGCGCAGUUUGCACACAUUAUGUCAACGAGAUAAACGCAAACCCGAUGUUUACAAUUGUUAUAUUGCACCACCUCUCAAUGGUCUUUAUGAAGUAACUAUCUUUGCAAAAACGAAAGAUGAAACUAUGUACGUAGAUGCGAUCAAUAUGCGCUUGCGUGUGUCGGAUAUAACUGACGCAUUCAUGUUUCCAAUUAUUUAUGGAACUUUUACAGAACAACGUUGCAUUUUGAUUGAACCUUUUCAACGUCUUGUCCAUAAAAAACAACGAGUAUUGAUUCAUAUGAUAAUACCAAAUGCUAAUGUAAUCAAAAUUCGAAACGGAGACGAAUAUAUGGUGCCUUACAAAGAUGAAUAUAAGAAUGGUGUAUUAAAAAAGGAAAUAGAGGUUCAAGGUGAUCUUCAAGUUUGCGGUCGAUGGGAUGAUAAGGCCGAUUCAAUUUCAAUCAUUUGCAUUUUUAACAUGAUUUGA